AUGGACAACAUCGACGAGGAAUAUGACCGGACCGUUGAACACCUUCACGACUGCGCGAAGAAAGCUGAGAGUUCUAAAACCACCAAGAGACGCCUGUCUCUUGAAACUCUUAAGCUGAUACGCCAGCGUGGAGCAGCACGAGCCGCAGGGAACCAAGAACUCACGUCCGUGCUCGCAAGGCUUUGUAGAGAGGCGAUAAAGGAAGACCUUAAAGAGAAAAGAGCAGAAGUACUGACUGAAGCUGCAGAGGCGGGGAAAAGCAUUCGCUAUGCUCGUCGAGACUUCGCCAGUAGCAAGACAAGGAUGACUGCUCUUCGGAAUCCGGAGGGAACAACCAUUGCAUCAAGAAGGGGGAUGGAGUGA